AUGGUGAAGCCGCGGUUUAAGGGACGGAACACCAUUAACCCGUCCAGCUCCAGCAGUAACCCAGAUCGUGUGAAGGGCGCUGGAGGCAACAAUAUGAGAGACCGGGCAACAAUCAAGCGUUUAAAUAUGUAUCGCCAGAAAGAACGGAGGAACAACCGUGGGAAAGUAAUCAAGCCUCUACAAUAUCAGUCUUCAGUCGCAUCUGGCACAGUGGCUCGAGUAGAGCCCAACAUCAAAUGGUUUGGAAAUACCCGUGUGAUUAAGCAAUCAUCUUUGCAAAACUUCCAGGAAGAGAUGGAGGCUGUAAUGAAAGAUCCAUAUAAGGUGGUGAUGAAACAGAGCAAACUACCAAUGUCCCUAUUGUAUGAUCGAAAGAAACCUCAUAACUCCAAAGUUCACAUCUUGGACACAGAAGCUUUUGAAAUAACAUUUGGUCCGAAGUCUCAACGAAAAAGGCCAAACCUUGCUGCUGGUGAUAUGCAUGAGCUUCUUCUGAAUGCUGAGGCCUCAGCAGAGAGCUAUGACCAGGAGAAAGACAGAGACUUGGUUACUGAAGAUACUGGAGUCAGAGAGGAAGCCCGGGAAGAAAUAUAUAAAAAGGGACAAUCCAAGAGAAUAUGGGGUGAAUUGUACAAGGUAAUUGAUUCCUCUGAUGUCGUCAUACAAGUUCUGGAUGCCAGAGAUCCUAUGGGAACCCGCUCACCUCACAUUGAGACUUAUAUCAAAAAAGAAAAACCAUGGAAGCAUUUGUUGUUUGUCCUCAAUAAGUGUGACUUGGUUCCUACAUGGGCUACGAAACGCUGGGUUGCCCAAUUGUCUGAGGAGUAUCCAACGCUGGCCUUUCACUCCAGCCUUACCAAUCCAUUUGGUAAAGGUGCUUUCAUCCAGCUUCUCAGGCAGUUUGGAAAACUGCACACAGACAAAAAACAAAUCAGCGUCGGAUUCAUUGGUUAUCCAAAUGUAGGUAAAAGCUCUGUGAUCAACACACUACGAUCAAAGAAGGUCUGCAAUGUAGCCCCAAUUGCUGGUGAAACAAAGGUUUGGCAGUAUAUCACACUUAUGCGUCGGAUAUUUCUAAUUGAUUGCCCUGGUGUAGUUUAUCCAUCUGGAGACUCAGAAACAGACAUAGUGCUGAAAGGAGUGGUACAAGUGGAAAAGAUCAAAAGCCCAGAAGAUCACAUAGCUGCUGUUCUUGAGAGAGCCAAACCAGAAUACGUAAGCAAGACCUACAAGAUAGACUCUUGGGAAAAUGCUGAGGAUUUCCUUGACAAACUAGCUUUUAAAACAGGGAAAUUGUUGAAGGGUGGAGAACCAGACAGACAAACUGUGUCAAAGAUGGUUCUUAAUGACUGGCAGAGGGGAAGAAUACCAUUCUUUGUGAAACCACCAAAUGCUGAUCCACCCCCUGAGGCUUUGCAAACAUCCCAAACCACAUCAAACGAGAAUGUUGUAAAUGAUGAGAAAUGUGACGACGAAAGCUCGGUUUCAGAUGCACAGGAAGCUGUACUUUCAGAAAAGAGAGAAAUAAAGGAAAUUGUUUCACAUAUGAGACAAAAUUUUGGCAAGAUCAAUGUGGCACCUGAGUUUUCACAGGAGGACCUGGUACCUAUAGAAGUAGAUGGCAUGUCGGAUAUUUCAGACCUAGAUUCUACAGAGAUGGGAGAGCAAUCAGAAGAAGAGGAAGAUCAAGUUGCUAACACUGUGCACAAUGACGAAAGUACAGAGUUUACUAAUCAACAGGCUGAAAAACAAAAUUCAAAAACACUGUUAAAAGAUUUAGAUGACAGAAUAGCAAAGUGCAAGAAAUUCCUUGAUAAAGCCAAAGCAAAACGAUUCUCUGCUUUAAGAAUUCCUAAGGAUCUAAGUGAGCAUUUAUUUGCAAGACCCAAAAUAAGGGAUGAAGAUGAAGAACAGCAACAAAAUGAAGGAAAGAGCAAACUGGGAAAGAAAAGGAAACGGUUUGAAGAGGAGGAGGAAGAGGAGAAUGUAAAGUCACAGAAAAAACUAACAUCAAAAGAGAGGAGGCGCAUAGAGAGGCAACAGCAUUCAAAAAAAGUGGGGGUGCGGUACUACGACACUCACAAUGUCAAAAACAAGAAUCGCAACAAAAAGGUGGACUCUCAAUCCCAAGGUGUCAGAAAGAAGAAAUCAAAGCAGAAACAUUGA